CCUAUAAAAGCUCAUCCAUAUUCAUGUCGGUCGUAUCAGUUGAGCGUUGCCCGGGACCAGGACCACCCGCCACCAGCAAGCGCACGGACACUCGACCCCGACCGGCAGCGAUUUACGGGAGAGCGCGCGUACCAAUCGGGACCGAUCGCGCACAUUAGCGGUGCAUCGUAAUUGCCGUACAAUUAUUGGUAAUUUCUCAUAAUAUCUUGCACACGCCAUCGUCAGCAGCAUGCAGCGACGAAACGCCAGUGGAGGGGGGGUUGCCGUAUUGCUUACGGCGAUCAUGGCACUGCUCCCGACCGGAUGUGACGCGUCGCUCGAUGUGCCGCAUCUUACCCUUUCGAAGAGCUUCUCGCGCGCGCUGCAAGACUGCAUGGAGUACCUGCAGGUGCCGGGCUACCGGUACGCCGAGUACGCCGCAAACAGCUUUCCCGACGAUCCCGAAACCAAGUGUCUGCUCCGGUGCGUGGGUCUGAAUCUGCGCUGGUGGAACGACACCACCGGCAUGCAGACCGCCGUCAUCGAGGGCUUUUUCCAUCCCGAUCCACUCGACGAGCUGUACGAAAACCGCACGGCGGAGUGUUUGCGUAAGGAGCUGUCGCACGCCGAUACGACCGACUGCUGCUGUUUGGCGUACGACAGCUUCCGGUGCUAUCUGCAGCACUACGGCAACUUGGUACCCUGCGCCCGGUUCUACCCGGAGGAUGAGACGAGAUUCGUGCGGGCGGCACAGGACUGUAUCGAGUUUCUGCAGAUACCGCACAAGCUGCUGAAGAGCUACAGUGCCGGCAGCUUCCCUGAUGCGCCCGAAACGCGCUGCCUGCUGCGAUGCUUCUUCCUGCGCACCGGUGUGUUCCACGUCGACACGGGCUUCGAUGUUGAGCGGUUGUAUACGCGUGACUACGAACAGCCGGACGAGCGCUAUCUGGCACAGGAAACCGAAGCCAGGCUACACAAGCUGCGCGGUUCCACCGGUGACCAGUGCACGGAGGUGUACCUUGCGUAUCGGGAUGUGCUUGGCGAGUUGGGCAGAGCGUACUAUGAAUACGAUGUGCUACAGGCGGCAGCCGCCAAGAUGACGGUGUGCGAGGUGGCCGUAGAACCACCAGCAAUGACCACCACCACUCCCACAACCACUACAGCGUGUCCUUCCACGACCGAGUUCAACUACAAGGAGCUGAACUGUCAGAACUGUGGGCGAUUGUUCAUAUCAAACAACGGUCGAGUGUCGUGCUGCAGGUGUAUGAAGUCCUCCACACCGUUCGGCAAGUUCUUCUUCUAGAAGCUCGUGUGUUUGCUUUGAGCGCUAAGUUUGGUUUAAUAAUUUAUUACUCUAUCAGUUAAUAAAAGGUUUAGUACACAUUU